ACCCGGCGGCGGCCGCCAAGUGCCUCUGGGCGCUGCGUGCCUCGCCCGCCGCUCCGCGCGCAGCCUGCUCCGGCCGCUCCUCCGGGCUGAGGCGCGGCGGUGGCGGCGGCGGGGAAGCGCGGACCCCGCAGGGACGCGCGCGCGCCGGGGGCUCGGGUGCCGGGAGUCGGGACGCCGCCGCUGCUGGGCCCGGGGCGCGUGGCUGCGGCGGGGCCGGGCGGCGCCGCACACCUGAGGCGGGGCGCUGUCAGGGCCGCCGAGCCGGGCUCGUGGGGACGAGCCGGGCAGUGAUUGGAGACGCCGAGUUCACCUUCAGCCAUGGCCCGGAGAGCUUAGCGGGGGCCCCGGACGCCGCCCCCCACAACCCCAGGCUCCCUUUUCCACCCUCCGCCUCCUGUCCCUCGGCGCCGCAUCCUGCCGGCCUCGCCGUCCGGCUCGCGCCGGGCUACGGCUCUCGCCCGGAGCCCUCCCUGGCUCCGGCCCGCGUCUCCCGGCGGCGCCGCCGUGCGGAGCGGCUCCCCCUCCUCUUCCUCCGCGUCCUCUUCCCCCUCUCCACCGCCGGGGCCGCUUGUUGCACCGCCCCGCGGCCUGCGGGAGCCGCUCGCCCGGGCCGGGCUCUGGCCUUGUGCUUGCCUCUGCACUCUCUCCUUCUGGCCCCAGGGGCCCGCACACGAGCCCGGCCGGUGGGACCCCGGCCCGACCCCGGCCGUCCGCACAAAAUGUCGGCCCGGACGCCAUUGCCGACGGUGAACGAGCGGGACACGGAGAAUCAUACAUCUGUGGAUGGAUACACUGAGCCACACAUCCAGCCUACCAAAUCAAGUAGCAGACAGAACAUCCCCCGUUGUAGAAACUCUAUUACAUCAGCAACAGACGAACAGCCUCACAUUGGAAAUUACCGUUUACAGAAAACAAUAGGGAAGGGAAAUUUUGCCAAAGUGAAAUUGGCAAGACAUGUUUUAACUGGUAGAGAGGUUGCUGUGAAAAUAAUAGACAAAACUCAACUAAAUCCUACCAGUCUACAAAAGUUGUUUCGGGAAGUACGAAUAAUGAAGAUAUUGAAUCAUCCUAAUAUAGUAAAAUUGUUUGAAGUUAUUGAAACAGAGAAGACCCUCUAUUUAAUCAUGGAAUACGCGAGUGGGGGUGAAGUAUUUGAUUACUUAGUUGCCCAUGGAAGAAUGAAAGAAAAAGAGGCCCGUGCAAAAUUUAGGCAGAUUGUAUCUGCUGUUCAGUAUUGUCAUCAAAAGUGCAUUGUUCACCGUGAUCUUAAGGCUGAAAAUCUUCUGCUUGAUGCUGAUAUGAAUAUUAAAAUUGCUGACUUUGGUUUUAGUAAUGAAUUUACAGUUGGGAACAAAUUGGACACGUUUUGUGGAAGCCCACCCUACGCUGCUCCGGAGCUUUUCCAAGGGAAGAAGUACGACGGGCCGGAAGUGGACGUGUGGAGCCUUGGCGUCAUUCUCUAUACGUUAGUCAGUGGCUCCCUGCCUUUUGAUGGCCAGAAUUUAAAGGAACUACGGGAGCGAGUGUUACGAGGGAAGUACCGUAUCCCCUUCUAUAUGUCCACAGACUGUGAAAAUCUGCUGAAGAAAUUGUUAGUGCUGAAUCCAAUAAAGAGAGGCAGCUUGGAACAAAUAAUGAAAGAUCGAUGGAUGAAUGUUGGUCAUGAGGAAGAAGAACUAAAGCCAUAUACUGAGCCUGAACCAGAUUUCAAUGACACAAAGAGAAUAGAUGUUAUGGUCACCAUGGGUUUUGCACGAGAUGAAAUAAAUGAUGCCUUAAUAAAUCAGAAAUAUGAUGAAGUUAUGGCUACUUACAUUCUUCUAGGUAGAAAACCACCUGAAUUUGAAGGCGGUGAGUCGUUGUCCAGUGGGAAUUUGUGUCAGAGAUCCAGGCCCAGCAGUGACCUGAACAACAGCACUCUUCAGUCCCCUGCUCACCUGAAAGUCCAGCGGAGCAUCUCAGCAAACCAGAAGCAGCGCCGUUUUAGUGACCACGCUGGUCCAUCCAUUCCUCCUGCUGUGUCCUAUACCAAAAGGCCCCAGGCCAACAGCGUGGAAAGUGAACAGAAAGAAGAGUGGGACAAAGAUGUGGCUCGUAAACUUGGUAGCACAACCGUGGGAUCCAAAAGUGAGAUGACCACCAGCCCUCUUGUGGGGCCAGAGCGGAAGAAGUCUUCAACCAUUCCAAGUAGCAAUGUGUAUUCUGGAGGCAGCAUGGCCAGAAGGAACACCUAUGUCUGUGAAAGGACCACAGAUCGGUACACAGCAUUGCAGAACGGCAAAGACAGCAGCCUUACGGAGAUGUCUGCCAGUAGCAUAUCUUCUGCAGGCUCUACUGUGGCGUCUGCUGCGGCCUCAGCACGACCCCGCCACCAGAAGUCCAUGUCCACUUCUGGCCAUCCGAUUAAAGUCACACUGCCAACAAUUAAAGACGGUUCUGAAGCCUACCGGCCUGGCAGUACUACCCAGAGAGUGCCUGCUGCCUCCCCAUCUGCUCACAGUAUCAGUGCUGCCACCCCAGACAGGACCCGUUUCCCCCGAGGGAGCUCCAGCAGGAGUACUUUCCACGGCGAGCAGCUCCGGGAGCGACGCAGUGCUGCUUACAAUGGGCCACCUGCUUCCCCGUCCCACGAAACGGGUGCAUUUUCACAUGCCAGAAGGGGAACAUCCACUGGUAUAAUCAGCAAAAUCACGUCCAAAUUCGUUCGCAGGGAUCCAAGUGAAGGCGAAGCCAGUGGCAGAACCGACACCUCAAGAAGUACAUCAGGGGAACCAAAAGAAAGAGACAAGGAAGAGGGCAAAGAUUCCAAGCCGCGUUCUUUGCGGUUCACGUGGAGUAUGAAGACCACUAGUUCUAUGGACCCUAAUGACAUGAUGAGAGAAAUCCGAAAAGUGUUAGAUGCAAAUAACUGUGAUUAUGAACAGAAAGAGAGGUUUUUGCUUUUCUGUGUCCAUGGAGAUGCUAGACAGGACAGCCUUGUGCAGUGGGAGAUGGAAGUCUGCAAGUUGCCCCGGCUGUCACUUAAUGGGGUCCGCUUCAAGCGAAUAUCUGGGACAUCUAUUGCCUUUAAGAACAUUGCAUCCAAAAUAGCAAAUGAGCUUAAGCUGUAAAGAAAUCCACAUUUACAGGAUCAGGGAAGACACAUCCAGAUAGGAGGUACAGUCUUUUGAAUAUACUGGUUAAUGCCUCAUGUGGUCCACCUGUGACUCUCCCCAUGUAGAAUCUACCCGUAAUGCAAUAAGGUUAUACAUAGUUAUGAACUGCAAAAUUAAAAGUGCGUAUGAACUAUAAUGAAUAUCUGUAGCGUAAAAAGUAGGUUCACAUGUACAGGUAAGUAUACUGUGUCUUUCUGUUCAUUUUCUGUUCAUAGAGUUGUAUAAUAAAACACGAUUGCUUAAAAACUUGUAUAGUUGUCUAGAUUUCUGCACAUACAUGUACCUUUGAUGCUUUAAGUUGAAAUGUUAUUCCCUGUUAUUGACAUUUUAGUGGGUUUUUAAAAUUCUUACCUCCAUCAUGCAAUUUUGAAAAUUGUGUCCAAAAUUAAAAGUGCACAAAAAUUGUCUUUCCAAUUGAAGCAUGGACUUUUAAAAAUUAUUUUUAAAUCAUAUUUAAUUUUAAACUGGAAGCUGGUAACUAGAUCAGCUUUAUUAUAUUCCUGCUUAUCUUUGCGCUUAUCCUUGUUGUCCAACAAGGUUUAGUUGAGAAGAUGCAAGAUGUUUACAGUGUUGGCACUUAGAGUUUUUUAAUAAAGUCCAUGAGGAUAAAUACUAGCUUGCCUCGAGCUAAGUAAGAAGUACUAGGCGGAAGGUUAAAUCUGACCCAGUUUCCUUUGAACUUUGAAGCGUUUCCUGACCCACUGCUAAUUGUAGCAACAAAAUGAAAAAGAAUCCAUACCCCAUCUGGCUAUGAACACCGGCAACUGUCACUUAGAUCUGCUGCCUCUAGAAGACUACAGAUUAACUGCAGAAAUAUUGGAACCGUUUCAUAGCACAAGCUCAUCCUGUUAGUGUUGGUCAGUGUGUCAGUUAGAAAUAAUGCCACCUCAGGAAUUAACUGGCAUCGGGAACACUUGCCUCGCUCUCCACCCACACUCUUCAUCCUCCCACCGCUAUAAUAUCUGUAAGUACUCAAGAGACUUGUGGGCAAAACACACUGUUUGUAACUGUAUAUUACUGAUUUAUGCUUACAGGGUUGUUCAGUUUUGUUCCCAUGUAACAAAAUAUGUUUUAAAUAUGUUGCCCGGUCUCCUAUAUUUAUUCUGCAUCGUUGCGCCUAUAAUGUGCAGCUUUGUAAUUGGGCAUUUGCCUACUCUUCUUUCAUAAUUAGUGAUAUAUUUAAUGAUGUAAAACCACUAGUAAUGGUACAUUUUAAUACUUGUUAUUUUAUAAUGAAUUAGCCUUGGAGGUUGACUGUGCAAUGUUAUUUAAAUGUUAUAAUUACUGUAAUGCCAACAUACAGGGCCCCAUCUGCACACUCCUGACAAAUAGAAAGUGUGUUCCAAAUUUUGUCAGUUGAAAGCGAAGUAAAGCUGUGAUAAGCCUGUGAUUCUAACUGCGUUAGACAGUGCUGCUGUAGGAGAUGUGCCACUCCAGGGUGGCGUCCACACCGGGAUGGCCUUCGCAUUCUGUACCGUACUGUGACAUAGCUUUCUUCUGUAACAGUUCUGUUCUAAAAUGAAAUGUAUUUUUGCCUUAGCAAACGGUGGCGUUUGGAAAAAAGAAAAAAAAAGCUGUGUAGUCCCUUUUUAAGUGAGUGUUCAUUCAAAAACAAAUUGAUGCAAAUCUUUCUUCACUUUCACUGGUGCACACUGAAAUUUUACUUGAACAGUUCUCAUAAUAAAGCACUUAUCUUUGCUCUUUA